CUCGCCCCGCGGCGGAGCCCCCGCACCCGCCCGGCGCGCACCGCACACCAUGGACAGCGCCGCCGGCGGAGCGGCCUCGCCGGAGCAGCCCUCAGCGGGACGGCCGGAGCAGGCCGGGCUCAGGCGAAGGGACAGAGGCCUCGAACGGGACGACGGCUAUUCCUAGUGCCUCGAUGGGGUCACUCACUGCAAAAUCUUUCAUAAACCGUUACGAGGUUCGUCAGGAAAUUCCCUGAGGUGACAGAGGGCCUGUCUGAUUUACACACUGCCGGUGUCUGAGAUCCAAAUAUGUCAUAGUUCAGGUUGCUGAAGGCAGGCGCCCGCAGGUGGGUGUGCGUCGUGCCGCUGGUGAGCGCCGCGCACACGUGGUCACACACACACGCAGUGGGCGGAUAAUCCAGUUCAAGCCUGGCUUCAGAGCAGUAACGUGUGGAUCAAGACGAGUAUCUGUAUGCAGCUCUUCCUUAUGGAUCAAGACAAAGACACUCAAGAUCACUUCAAGAAAUGACGCCCAAUUCUAUAGCAUGGAUCCACCCAUCAAAAGUACUGCCAUAUGUCUUCUUUGUGAGAGCCAGCAGAAUGGAAAACUGGACUACAAAGGAGAGCUCUCCAAACACACUGCAGUCAUGACAUGAAAUUCACCAUGCAAUGUUUUCUUACGUCACAUUGAAUGUCUAACCCACAAUAACAGAACAUGAGAUCUUCCCAGAGCUUUGCCUAUCUUCCAGUGAAGGUCAUCAGUUUGCCAUUCAGAGGAAAGUGACACCUUCCUAAGGUGGGAUGUCCUUUUGCGACUCUAACAGACGUGCAUUUCCCAGCGCUGCGGACAGCCCUUCGGAGCUCCGCCGCUCCACCAGAGCUUCGCACCGAGUGUUCAACCCGCCCCGUACCAGCGUUGGGCCGGGCCGAGCGGGCCCGUGUUCCCCGGGGCGCUGAAAGCCGCCGCUUCCUCCCUCCCGCAGAGCCCCCGCCUGCCUGGGCAGAGGGACGGAGCUCGGGGACGCCGGAGCCCUCACCCCCACCUGCCGUGGCCGGUACCUCUCCUGGAAGGUGCGCACCAGAAGCCAGACGACGAGGGGCAGGUUCUCCCGCUCGUUGUAGGUGGGCAGCAGCACCGACAGCUUGUCGUGGCCGGCGGCCGCCAUGUCGGCGCUGACGCGGCCGGAACCGGCGCGCACGCGCCUCAGUCCCUCAGCGGCGGAAGCGGAACGGCCGGGCCCUUCCGCGCUCGCGCUCCCUCAGCCAUGGCGGGCGGCGCGGAGGCGGCGCGGCUGAGUGCGGAGAUCGGCCGGCGGGAGCAGGAGCUGCGCGGCUUACGCGAGCAGUUGGCCGCCGUCCUGGCCGAGGGUGCCGCGGGCGAUGGGGAGGCUCUUACGGAGGACUGCGCUGCCGCCUUUCCUAGCGAGCUGCCCCCUCUGCCCGUCCAGGCCUCCCUGAGCCCCGCCGCCAUCCUGCGGUACAGCCGGCAGCUGGUGCUACCCGAGCUGGGCGUGCGGGGUCAGCUGCUCCUGGCUCGCUCCUCCGUGCUCGUGGUGGGCUGCGGCGGCCUGGGCUGCCCCCUGGCCCAGUACCUGGCCGCCGCCGGUGUUGGUCGCCUGGGUCUGGUGGAUCACGACGUGGUGGAGACGAGCAACCUGCACCGGCAGGUGCUGCACGGGGAGGCCCGCCGAGGGGUCCCCAAGGCCGUGUCUGCCGCGGCAGCUCUGCGGCUGCUGAACUCCACCGUACAGUAUGUGCCCUACUGCGGGGCGCUGAGCCCUCGCACCGCCCUGGAACUGGUGCGGCAGUACGACCUCGUCGCCGACUGUUCCGACAACGUUCCCACCAGGUACUUGGUGAACGAUGCCUGUGUCCUGGCCGGGAAGCCCUUGGUGUCCGGCAGCGCCCUCCGGUUGGAGGGACAGCUUGUCGUGUACAACUACCAGGGAGGGCCCUGCUACAGGUGUCUCUUCCCCAAGCCUCCUCCACCAGAGACAGUGACUAACUGUGCAGAUGGGGGAGUGCUGGGUGUCGUGCCAGGCAUCAUGGGGUGCAUCCAGGCCUUGGAAGUGUUGAAGAUUGCCUCGGGAAUGGGUUCUUCCUUCAGUCAAUUCAUGCUGAUGUUUGAUGCACAUGAAGGGAGGUUUCGCAACAUCAAGUUAAGACCAAAGAAACCAGACUGUGCUGUUUGUGGUGACAAUCCAUCUAUCACCUGCCUGCAGGAUUAUGAGGCGUUUUGUGGUUCAUCUGCAACAGACAAGUGUAGGACUUUACAUCUGCUCUCCAGUGAAGACAGAAUAUCUGUAGAGCAAUACAAAAAACUGUUGGAUGAGCAAGUUCCUCAUGUAUUGUUAGACGUUCGUCCACAGGUAGAAGUGGAUAUCUGUCGCCUGGUACACGCUAUCCACAUUCCUUUGAGUAAAUUAGAAGAAAAAGAUGAAGAGUGUCUGGGAUAUUUAGAAAAAAGAAUUUCUGAAGAGAAGCAGAGAACUAAUGGCCAAACAUCUGUUCCUGUAUAUGUUGUUUGCAAGUUAGGAAAUGAUUCCCAGAAGGCUGUAAGAAUUCUGCAGGAGUUACCUAUUAAAGAGUUUGAUUCUGUGUUAGCUAAGGAUAUUAAAGGGGGGCUCAUGGCUUGGGCCAGUAAAAUUGACCCAACAUUUCCUGAGUAUUAGAAAUAUAAAUGGUAAAAACAAAUAGAAAUCUUCAUAGUAGAUUCCAUAAGGUUUCAUCUUCUCUAUGUAAUAAAUCAGGAGAUAGAAAUAUUGUCUUGCUUCAUUAAUGGCAUCUUUUUUUAAAAAGAAUAUUUUUAUAGCUGUCAUUAUUUUUAUGAAAAUGUGAAACUCCAUGGAAAUGGGAAGAAACAUGUUUCUUGGCUAUUAUUUAAUAGUGAAAAUGUGUAAUAGCUAGUUGUGCAUGUGAUGAUGGAGAGUGACUCCUAACUAGUAACUAUAACCUGGACAAUGACAAAUGCAGGAGUCAAGCCUUGAAAGUUUUUACUCCUAACUGCCUGACAAAUUGAAACACUGCAUGCAGUGAUUAGGAAAAUAGCUGUUAAUUUCUAGCUGGUCAAUAGCACAAUUAAGCCUAUCAGAGGGAAUUGCCAAGACAAUGCUGGCAACUCUCUUUUGGUCAACAACAUUUAGCUCUCUGCAGACGCAAUUUGUAUCUAUGAAAGUGAAGUGCUCACUGCAUAUAAAAGCACCUGCAGCAAGGGUGUUCUGGUAAGAACUGGGGCCAACCAUCAUUUGUUCGCUGGCAAAAAAAUGUGCUGCAUUAUUUUGUUAGGUGGCAUGAAGAGCUACCCAUAUCUGGAAGGUUCUCAUAGAUGAAUGAAAAGAAAGAAAUAGCUUCUCAACAGAGAGCUGGCUGAGUUCUCAUCACUUAAGUAUAGUACUUAAUUAAGGUAUGGAUUUCCUUCUUUAGGAGGUAAAAAACACCUGUCAUGACUAAUCUUCCCAUUAUACAUGGGCAAAAAAAAAUAGUACCGUUAUAAUUAGUAGUUGAAAAGGCAUACUUGAGUAAAAUAAACUUGAGAACAUUCACACUACCUACUUUGCUAGAACCCAUGGCAUGUUAUUAUAAUAAUAAUAAUCUUAACCUCUUGUGACAGGAACAGUUCCAUGAAUUUAUAAGUAGAGAGUCCAGUCUAGAAGGCCAUGACUUAAAAUAAGUGCUUUUUGGCAUGUAGCAAGAGAGUUAUCUGUCUUAGAGAAGGUUGUGGAGGCUUGGUUCAGUCAGAACUUCUGGCUUCUGGUGUGUGUCAGCUUUUGGGAAUUAGAAAGCAGAGAGACUUGUUUGAAA